GUUUCAUUGCGAUCAAUACAUUCGGGAGACUUCCUGCCUAGUAUUUUUCCAAAUAAAUUACGUUUAUUAGGAAAAAGGGGCGUUAGAAACACUAAAGACCCUCGGCAACACGUACUACCAAAAUGGGAGAUCCGUGGGUGAUACAGCCACAUGAGCACGCUAAGUUUGCGGAGCACUUCCGGAACCUCGGCCCGGCCAAUGGGAACCUGAGCGGGGAGCAGGCCAAGCGGUUCAUGUUGCAGUCCCAACUGCCACCACCAGUACUUGGGCAGAUAUGGUCUUUGGCUGACUGCAAUGCCGACGGGAAACUGGACCUCAAGGAAUUCUCUAUUGCUUGCAAGAUAAUCAAUUUGAAACUGCAUGGUAUUGAAGUACCCAAAGUCCUGCCGCCAUCUUUGCUGGGAUCACUCAGCCCCACAGGACCCCCAAAACAAGCUUUCCCAGCCCCAACGAAGCCCCCAAUACCCCCCAUGCCUUCAGUCCCCCAACAACCUCUAAUCGGGGGUAUACCGCCACAAGGGGGUAUACAACAACCAACCCAGUCACUACUGGGUGACUUCGGACAACCAUCACGCCCGGCCGGACCUAUUGUACCUGACCUCAUAUCCGGUGUCAAACCUAUGACCCAACCUAUGGCACCAGUCAUGCCUACACAACCAAUAAUGCCAACCCAACCGAUCAUGCCAGCGGCGCCUCUGAUCCCAAGUCAACCAAUGGCCGCUCCAAUGAUACCAACGCAACCAAAUCAACCACUGGCGCAACCAAUAGUGCCGAAUCAACCUUUGGGGCAACCAUUAGUGCCAAAUCAACCUAUGGGUCAACCGAUAAUACCAAACCCACCUAUGGGGCAACCGAUAAUACCAAACCAAGGAAUGGUCCAGCCGUUGGUGCCAAAUCAGCCACUCGUAGGCGCAGCGCCAUUGUUAUCAUCCCCACCAAAGCCUCUGAUAUCGGGGACGACCAUGGGGUCGUUGGUUAGCAGCCCCCCGAAGCCAGUGAACACGGUCGCGGGUUCAAUCCAGCCUGUCACCAGCACUCCCAUUGCGGCUGUGAAGGCUGAAGAGACUUCUAAGCCAGCGUCACUGGCAGGCUCAGCGCACGUGUCGGCCGUCACAAGUCCCGUGGAGCCGCUCGGCGUGAUGAGUCCGCCCGCUGUCGCUGAGUGGGGUAUCCCGCAACCACAGAAGCUCAAGUACACUCAACUCUUCAACGCAACAGACUUGCAGAAAUCCGGCUGGGUAUCCGGAGCUCGCGCGCGCUCCAUCAUGCUCCAAUCACGUUUACCUCAGGCUGCGCUGGCCCAGAUAUGGGCGUUGGCGGAUUUGGAUUCAGACGGCCGGCUCGGUUGCGAAGAGUUCGUGUUGGCCAUGUACCUGUGUGAAAAAGCUACUCAGGGCGAGCCGGUGCCCGCCAAGCUGCCGCCCGAACUGAUCCCACCUACGUUCAGACGUCAGUCCGUGACUAGUAUCACCAGUAACCAGUCUUACGAGGAAAGGCGCCGGGAAAACAUGGCGCGGGGACAGGCCGAGUUGGAGCGAAGACGCGAGCAGUUGGAGAAAGAAAAGGCUGAGCGAGAGCGUAAAGAAAGGGAAGAGACAGAGAAAAAAGAAAAGAUAAGAUUGGAGGCGCAGAAGAAGGAGCAAGAGGAACUGAUGCGGAAGCAGAAAGAAGAACAGGAAAAACGCGAGGCCGCAAGGAAAGAGAUGGAAAGGCAAUGCCAACUAGAAUGGGAGAAGAAGAGAACACGGGAACUGGAAGCUCUUCGCACCGAAGAGCAGACCAAAGUCCUGAGCCUCAAGGCCAAGAGCCAAGCUCUAACUGCCGAACUCAGCACUGUCGCCACCAAAGCUGGCAACUUGGCCAAGGAUAUACGCAGCAGUCGGACUGCUGUCGCCGCUGCUAAAUGUACUAUCGAUGGCAUGAGGUCGGACCGCGACUCAAGCAUGGCCGAAAUGCAACAACUUAAGGCGCGUGUGAAAGAACUGAACGCGAAACAGAUUGCCCUUAACAAGGAGAAGGCUGAUCUCGAUGCCAAGGCUAAAGCGUCAGAGGGCGCUGGCGAAGACGGCAAACUAAGCAUGAUGGAGGUCACACUCAAACAACUACGUGAUAAGGUCGAAGCGGCUAAAGCGAUAGUGGAAAACAAGAAGACCGACCUGGACACCAACCAGACACAACUGUCAGAGUUGACAGCGAGAGUGACAGAGCUCAGUGACAAGUGUCAGAAGGUCUGGCAGCUGUAUGAGGAGAAACGACAAGAAUAUCUGGAACGGAAGACCACAGCCCCUGCUGAGAGCGCCUGGGGUGCCGCUGAAGCCGAUUGGGGCACGACAGACGACGCUUGGGGCGAACCGGCCGCGGAGUCUGCGUGGGGCGACGCCCCGGCCGCUACAGCGACAGAGACGGUGGCAUCUACUAUCACAUCAUCAUCAUCAUCGGCGCCUCGUUGGCGCUGCGUGUACGAGUUUACGGCGCGUACGGUGGACGAACUGAGUCUCCAGUGCGGUGAUUUGGUGAGCGAGGCCGUGGCGCCGAGGGGUGAUGCGGAACCCGGAUGGCGAUGGGGCACCGCCAGAGGUCAAUCCGGCUGGUUCCCGGAGUCCUACGUGGAAGAUAUCAACGCGGUGUCAGCUUACGCCACCGAGGUCAUUGAACCUCUGGAAACUAAGACGCAGCUAGAAGGUAUCGCUGAAGUCCCUGAAGCUGAAAUAGCGAACGAUCUUGGUGGGGCCAUGCCAGUUGUCGAGGGUGGAGAUUUCUACAUAGCAGCGUACCCAUACAACUCGGCUGAACCUGGUGACCUGGUGUUCGAGGCAGGAGAGAGGAUCGAGGUCAUGCGACGAGACGGCGACUGGUGGACCGGACGUAUUGGAAACAGAACCGGUAUUUUCCCUUCCAACUACGUGACCAAAGACGCGACCACGAGCUCGGAGCCGAUCGCGCCCAUACCGGAAGCGGUGGAACCGGAACCGGAACCGGAACCCGCGCCGCAGCCCGCGGCGGUCACACCGGUGCUGCCCGCCGAACCCAUUCAGGAGCAAAAAUCCUCCACGCCAAUCUCCUCAGAAGUGGCCGCCAUUACCGACAACGCGUCCGUACCGCGACCAGCGUCGGCCGCUCGACGAGACUCUGGUCGCGAUUCGGCGACUGGGCGCAGGAAGGCCGAGGUGGCUCAAGCUAUCGCUGCUUACACCGCUACCAGCGCCGAGCAACUGUCCCUGACCAAAGGCCAACUGUUGGUUGUCCGUAAGAAAGCUGACACAGGCUGGUGGGAGGGAGAACUGCAAGCUAAAGGCCGCAAUAGACAAGUUGGCUGGUUCCCUGCAAGCUACGUCAAGGUGUUACAAUCUUCGGGCCGCACCUCGGGAAGAACGACCCCCGUACUGUCGUCUAAAAUGGACGCCAUGCCGGCCGAGACAGUCAUCGAUAAGGUGAUCGCUCUGUACCCGUACACGGCUCAAAACGCGGACGAGCUCAGUUUUGAGAAAGAUGACAUCAUCGCCGUCACCGACCGCAGCCAAGACCCCGCUUGGUGGCAAGGCGAACUUCGCGGCAUGACAGGAUUGUUCCCGAGCAACUACGUCACUAAACUAGUGAACUAAAAUAACGAAAUGUCACCAAAUUACCUAUAAUAUGUCACCAC